AUGCCAAGUUCACAAGCCGAAAAACCCAAGCAAACCUCAACUGGAAUGUCAUUCUUCGGACGAAAAUUGUACAAAGAGAGACCGACCGAGGAACGAUACGACAACUAUGCCGGUUCCUACGAUGGCCUGGCCCCUCCAGGAAGCGCCGGAGGCUCACGCUCGUCCCGCCAUUCGAAGCGAUCUUCCAUUCAAUCUGUCGACAUGACCUAUGAUUUGGAUCCUAGUUGUAUCGCACAAACCUCUGGCGUCAUCACAUCUAUUCCCUUCGAAAGCCUCCCCAACGACACCAGGACCCCGAUUCCAAUCGACAACACGGCCCGCCCUGGCUCAUCACGCAACGAGCCUUCGCCCAACCAUCUGGGAAAAUCUGGAAGUGACUAUCAUCAAUAUCCGACUGUGACAUCCACGUCUGCGCCGAAUGGGUAUGCCCCACAUCCUUCUGGCCCUCGCCCGGCCCCGUAUGGCUCAAACGGCAACCUGACCAGCAGUAACUCUGGCGAUCGAGGUGCCAGACAACAACAGCAACAGCAACCAGUGGGACGACCAGGCAGCUCCGCAGCGAGCAUUGGACCUAAUCACCACUCUUCUUCUAUUGAUUCGUCCUCCAACUCCCGUACCUCUCUCGACCAAGCUAGCAUCUACUCCUCCGUUUCUUCGAACACGCGCGGUUCAAGCCACUUCUCCUCGGAUAAUUCCUCUCGCACUCUCACGAGCUCGCACUCGAAUGACCGAACUGCCAUGCUCCCCAGCUCCAGCUCGGGCCGCUUGUCAAAUGCGGGAUCCUCCUACCAGAUCGCUGCACCGGCCGCUGCCCCCCGGCCACAAGAUAACUACCUCACUCGACCGAAAGAUGACCGAAUUGUGGACCAGCUGUUCUUAGAGCUGAUGCAGAAGCGAGGGUGGCAAAACCUUCCUGAACAGGCCAAACGGCAAAUGUUGUCGUACCCCGCAUCAAAGAAAUGGACUUUGGUACAUCAGGAUCGCUUGACAGAGUUGCAAGGCGAGCAAAAAAGACGACAAAAUGCGCGACAAACUCAUGGACAUGAGGGCCUGUCUGGUUUGCUUGAACGUGCCGACGAAGAAGGUAGCCCAGAAUGGUACGUGAAGAAGGUGAUGGAUGACAGCAUUACAUCCAAGCAGCUCGCUAGUCUGAGUGUCAGCUUGCGGACACAGCCAAUCAGCUGGGUGAAAGCCUUUGUUGAAGCCCAAGGUCAAAUCGCUUUGACCAAUGUUCUCUUGAAGAUCAACAGAAGAAAAGCUUCUGGUCCAGUUCCGGCUCCCCCAACAGGCGAUAGAGAUCUAGACCGGGAGUAUGAUAUCGCCAAAUGUUUGAAAGGUCUCAUGAACAACAAGUAUGGCGCAGACGACGCUCUAGAGCAUCAAAAUGUGCUAGUUGCACUCGUCAGCUCGUUAUCAUCGCCACGUCUCAAUACUCGAAAACUUGUCAGCGAAGUCCUCACUUUCUUGUGCCACUGGGGUGAUGGACAAGGCCACCAAAAAGUUCUGCAAUCUAUGGACAAGGUCAAACAUGAUCAUAACGAAACCGGCCGCUUCGACGCGUGGAUGCGUAUUGUUGAGGUCACCAUCGACGGCCGUGGAAAGAUGGGAAGUCUGGUCGGUGCCAGUGAAGAGUACCGCAGUGGAGGCAUUGGCAUGGAGAACCUCCUUAUGGAGUACGCAGUCUCUACCAUGAUUCUCAUCAAUAUGCUAGUUGACGGAGCAGAAACGGACCUGCAGCUGCGUUGCCAUAUUCGCGCCCAAUUCACAUCAUGUGGAAUUAAGCGUCUGUUGACGAAGAUGGAGGGUUUCCAGUAUGAGGUUAUUGACAAGCAAAUCGAGCGGUUCCGCGAGAAUGAGGCCAUCGAUUACGAAGACCUUCUCCAGCGGGAGGGCAGCAGCAUGAAGGAUAGUAUCGAGGGCGAAGUCAAGGAUAUGAGUGAUCCCAUGCAAAUCGUUGAUGCAAUCACGUCCAAAAUCAACGGCAGCCGGUCGCAUGACUACUUCCUCUCAGCCAUGCAGCAUAUGCUUCUCAUCCGCGAGAACUCCGGCGAGGAAGGGCUGCGUAUGUUCCAGCUGGUAGAUGCCAUGCUGAGCUACGUGGCCAUGGACCGGAGGUUGCCCGAUCUUGAUCUUCGGCAGGGUCUGACCUUUACCGUGCAGAGUCUGCUAGACCGGCUGCACACUGAUGCUGAGGCAAGACGGGUUUAUGAUGAGUCGCUCGAGGCCCGGCAGAUCGCCGAGGCUGCCAUAGCUGAGCGCGAUGAGAUGAGAGCACAGGUUGAGCUUGGAGCAGAAGGCUUAGUCUUGAAACUGCAAAAGCAAAUCGAGGAACAGGCUGGUAUCAUCGAGCUGCAACAACGGCAAAAUGAAUCCUUCAGGGCCGAGGUUGCCGAAAUACAACGACUGCGUGCUUUGGAAUUGCAGCGCAAUGAGCUGGAAACCCGAGAACUAUAUCUCAUGCUCCGAGAUGCCCAGGACAUCGCUGCUGCCAAUGCCCGAAAGGGCAUCAACUCUGACACGGCGGACGCAGUUGAUCCAUCCCAGAUGCCCGGCAUUAUGGACCGCGAACGACUCAUGGAACGUUUGGAGCGUCAGCUUGAGCGGACUAAGACCCAGUUCAAGCUGGAGGGCAAGGUCUGGGGCCAGCUUGGACCGUCUGAUCGACUCCGUGAGCUGCGUGAGAAGAUGGAAGGCGAAAGAUAUGACAGUGAGGACUUUGCUGAAACUUCCCGCUCACACCUCGAGCCUGGUUCUAUGGGAUCUGUUUACCGCAAUCGCAGCCAAAUCCCUACGAUGAAAUCGACGCUGGAAGAUGAGGAGGACAUCCCACUAGAUAUCAAUGGCGAGCCGAUGUACGAGAGGUCUCGUCUGGUGGGGCAUCGUCCUCGUUUGGACCCUGCCCAGGCUAGCGGGUUGCUAGGCGAGCUUGCUUCUAGGGUUCCUAGGUUCGAUGCUGAAGAUCCCGAUGUCAUAGAAAGGGAACAUGUACCCAAGCUGCAAAACAAUGGAGCUGCUACAACGGCCAUGCUGCCUCCCCCCCCUCCUCCAGGAGGCAAGGCUGCUCCUCCGGCACCACCGCCGCCGGGAGUUAUGGCCCUUCCCCCACCUCCGCCGCCAGGAGGCAAGAUUCUUCCCCCUCCCCCUCCCCCCGGGGGCGUCGCUCUUCCACCGCCGCCUCCCCCGGGUGGAAAAGUUGGUCUGCCUCCUCCCCCACCGCCUGGCGGAAUGGCUCUCCCACCGCCUCCUCCGCCAGGUGGUGCCAAGGGUGUUUCUGGAUCGCUGGCCCCACCUCCGCCCCCCGGUGGGCGAGUUGGGUUGCCUCCGCCGCCCCCCGGUGGGAAAGUUGGGUUGCCUCCGCCGCCCCCCGGUGGGCGAGUUGGAUUGCCUCCGCCGCCGCCUCCAGGUGGUGGUGGAAUCGCUCCUCCGCCUCCUCCUAUUCCUGGAGCCAAGGGCCUGAUGAUCCCCCCGCCUCCACCCCCCAACGGUGCCUUGGGUUCGGGCUGGAGGUCGCCAUUCAUGGUUGGAGAUGUUUCGCCCUCUACAAUCCACAUGCCAUCCAUUCGACCUAAGAGGAAGCUUAAGGCUCUGCAUUGGGACAAGGUCGACACUCCUCAAGUGACUGUUUGGGCUAGUCACGCACCGACUGCCAAGGAGAAGGAAGAGAAAUAUACCGAGCUUGCUAAGAAGGGUGUUUUGGACGAGGUUGAGCGAUUGUUCAUGGCCAAAGAAGCGAAGAUCUUUGGGGCUAGCACUGGUGCGAAGAAGCGCACGGCCAAGAAACAGAUUAUCUCAAACGACCUGUCCAAGAACUUCCAAAUUGCUCUGUCCAAGUUCUCUCAACACCCGGCCGAGGAGGUGACUCGCAUGAUUAUUCAUUGUGACAAGGACAUUCUGGAUAACAACGUUGUCAUGGAUUUCUUGCAAAGAGACGAAAUGUGCAAUAUACCGGAGAACGUCGCCAAGCUUAUGGCACCCUACAGUAUGGAUUGGACGGGCCCUGGAGCUGCUACCUCCGAUCGUGAACAGGAUCCCUCUGAGAUCACUCGCGAAGAUCAGAUCUAUCUCUACACUGCAUUUGAACUAAAUCACUACUGGAAAGCAAGAAACAGAGCACUUGCAAUGACCCGCACCUACGAACCAGAGUACGAGUACAUCUCCGCAAGCCUAAAAGAAGUCUCACGAGUCAGCGAAUCCUUGCGGGACUCUGUGUCAUUGAUGAACGUACUCGGUCUGAUUCUCGACAUUGGAAAUUUCAUGAACGACGCCAACAAGCAGGCACAGGGUUUCAAGCUGAGCUCCCUCGCCCGGCUGGGUAUGGUGAAAGACGACAAGAAUGAAACUACCUUUGCCGAUCUGGUCGAGCGUAUCGUGCGCAACCAGUACCCAGAGUGGGAGGGCUUUUCCGAGGAGAUCGGUGGUGUCAUUGGCCUGCAAAAGGUUAAUGUCGAUCAGCUCCGCACUGACGCUAUCAAGUACAUUGGCAACAUCAAGAACGUACAGUCGAGCUUGGAUGCUGGUAAUCUGAGUGAUCCUAACAAAUUCCACCCUCAAGAUCGCGUCAGCCAAGUUGUCCAGCGGUCCAUGAAGGAUGCUAGACGGAAGGCUGAGCAGCUGCAGCUUUACCUGGAUGAGAUGGUGAAGGCAUAUGACGACAUCAUGGUCUUUUACGGUGAAGACAACGCAGACGAGAAUGCUAGACGGGACUUCUUUGCUAAGUUGAGCGCGUUCUUGGUCGAGUGGAAGAAAUCCAGGGAGAAGAACAUAUCUCUGGAAGAAUCCAGAAAGCGUACAGAAGCAUCCCUCGCUCGCAAGAGAAUCAAUGUCAAUCUCGCCAACAACACUCCCGUCGUAGAGGCAGCGCAAUCGCCUGCCUCAAGUGGUGCCAUGGAUUCUUUACUUGAGAAAUUGCGUGCUGCAGCACCUCAAGCCAGGGAUCAACGAGACCACCGCCGUCGUCUUCGUCUAAGGAAGCAGCAUAACGUCCGCGCAACUUCGGACCCCAAGCCACCACCUGAAACGGGUGGGCCAGACGAAAGCGCAGAUGCUGCCGAAAUCAAAGCUGAUGGCGAAAACAAUGACGAGAACGGUCUUCUCAGCCCUCCAGCCACCGCAGAUGAAGACAGCAAGCAGGAAACUCACGUUUCUGAAGGCGAAGAUGUUGCCGAUCGUGCCGCCAGCCUGCUUCUUGGUCUGAGAAGUAAUUCCGAUGCAGGCGGUGGCGAGCGCCAGAGACGGAGAAGAGAGAGCGCAGAUGAAGAGCGGCGUAACCGUCGCAUGAGACGUCGCAAUCCCGCGACAAGCGGGAGUAAAGAUAGCGCGGAUGGCUCUGGUGGCCUUGCUACCGUUCAAGAGCCUGCUUCUCCGGAGCAUCCCGAGCAGACAGAUUCAGUGAUCACAGACGAUCAACAACUCCCCAGCCCACCGAACGAGUCUCAACAUCCGCCUUCAAUUGUUGUGUCGGAGCAAGGCGAUCCAUUAUCACAAGAUCCCUCGAUUGACGGCUCUCCUCACAAAUCAACUGAUUUGUCGGAUUGA